UGAUCAGAUCCCAAUAACUAUUCAAACACACUAACUCAUCAUAUUUUUAUACUAUAAAGUACCAAGCUUCAGAAGUCUCUCGUCUCUCUCCAUCUCUCUUUCUCUCUAACUCACAUCAAGAGACUUUCUCAUUACAAGAACAGAACAUAACAAGCACAACAAGUUCAAAGGUUUCAAGACUCCUAAAGAUUUACAAAGAAGAAGACUCACAAUGAAGAGAUGUUGUUUAGUGGCUCUGGUUCUACUACUUGUAGCUAUCUUUAGCAGCAAGUAUCGUGUAGAGGGCCGUUCUCUGUUAACGAUGACACCUUCUGGUCAAGCUGUGAGAGAUUUUCAGAUAAGAAAGGAGAUGAAGAAAGGGCCACUUAGGGGAGAAAAAGAGAGCUUCAGAAAAAUCCCAAGGAGCGGCUCAAACCCUAUACAGAACAAGUGUAAUCCACCAGUAGAUGUUCAAGGAAGUAGGAAACAGCAGGUCACAGCAUCAAGAAAACCUUAGGACGUUUCAGUUGUUUUUCUUUCUUUCUUUUUUGAUCUUAGAUCCUCUUUACUUUUCUUUUUUUUUUUGCCUAUGUUGUUAGAAUAGGAGGUACCUAGUCUUGUGUUUCUUAAUGCUGUAAUCUACUUGAAAUAUAUAAAACUCUUUUAUCUU